UUUCAAUAUGCUUAUCAAAGCGCUUCUUGCUAUUGCAGCGCUUGCUUCAUCCGUAGCUGCAGGCGUGAAUUGCGCUGGCGAUAACUUCGACAGAGCUGAGCUGGACGAGUGCAAAAAUGAACUUUGCAAGUGGAACAAUCGCGCUGGUCCAGGUGGCUACCCACAUUUUUUCGCCAACCACGAGGGCUUUACGUGGUCUGUUUCAAAAAUCAACAGCCUAUACAUUUACCCUCUUAUUCAUGGCACCAAGGCCUACUCAGGUGGUGCACCAGGAGCACACCGUUGCAUUGUCAACUACGAUAACAAGACCGGACAGUGCGUUACUCUUGGCGCCAUAACUCACACAGGCGCCUCUUCUGUCAAUGGAUUUGUUCAAUGCACAACUAAUGCAACUUAAGUUGUUGAUGUUAGGAAUUGUUCAAAGCUGAAGUUUAGGUGCUAGUAGCUUGGGAUACCUCAAGCUACUAGACUCUAAUACUUCUGCUUAAACAUAUGUCUUUCCUGUCUUUGCUUUUCUUCUCUCCUACUCAAGAGAACAGCCUGUCAAUUUUAAGUAGCUAGCUACCGUGGGCCUCUAGCUCUCUACCUGUUAUAGUCUCCUGU